GAGCGCGCUCCCGGCGGACGCGGCGCGGCGCCCGGCGCGAGGGUCCGGGAUGGGCAGCCAUCAGUCUUCUCAGGUGCCGUCCGGCUCAGAGGGUCUUCACGCCGAGCGCGGGCAGGUCUGCGCCAGCAGCUCGGAAGCCCACCAGACAACCGGGAGCGCCGGGGUUAAUCCCUCGGGCCAAGAAGGGGGGGCAGACCCCGAACCCCAGGAUCAGAGACAGCAGGGUCCCGGGCCGGGACCAGAGUGCCUGCUUCCGAUGCCGUUCCCCUCGGGCUGCGUGAGCGCCGGCCGGGCCUCUGCCGCAGACAUGGAGAAACUCAGUGCCCUGCAGGAGCAGAAGGGCGAGCUGCGCAAGCGGCUGUCCUAUACCACGCAUAGGCUGGAGAAGCUGGAGACGGAGUUCGGCUCCACGCGCCACUACCUGGAGAUCGAGCUGCGCCGGGCCCAGGAGGAGCUGGACAAGGUUACCGAGAGACUGCGCAAGAUUCAGAGCAACUACCUGGCGCUGCAGCGGAUCAACCAAGAGCUGGAGGAUAAGCUGUACCGGAUGGGCCAACACUAUGAGGAAGAGAAGCGUGCGAUGAACCAUGAGAUUGUCGCCCUCAACAGCCACCUGCUGGACGCCAAGGUGACCAUUGACAAGCUGUCGGAGGACAACGAGCACUAUAGGAAGGACUGCAAUCUAGCGGCCCAGCUGCUGCAGUGCAGCCAGAACCACUGCAGGGUCCAUAAGUUGUCUGAGCUGCCCUUGGAAUUCCAGGAGUGUGUGAGCCUGCAUAUGGAGAAGCAUGGCUGCAGCUCUCCGCUGUGCCAUCAGGCCUGCGCUGAUUGCGUGCCCCCGUGCAUCCUGGCCAAGGUGCUGGAGAAGCCAGACCCUGGAAGUCUGUCCUCGCACCUGUCGGAUGCCUCUGCCUGCGACCUGAGCUUCUGCGAGGGAGUGGAGGAGAAGUCGGGCCAACGACCCCCGUACAAGGAAGACAUCUACUGCAGCAACGCGGCUCUCUACUGCCCUGAAGAGCACCAGCAUGACCGGCGCCCCAGCGUGGAGACACCGAUGGCCGACGUGGGCUAUCUGCGGGAGCAGAAUUCCAUCGACAGCGCGGCAGAGGAGGAGGAGGCCGGGGCGGCGGCCUACCCUGAGGCCUUCCGCCGCCGCGAUGCCUACCCGGGCUACGCGGCCUCGCUGCCCACGUCCAGCUCCUACUCCAGCUUCAGCGCCACGUCCGAGGAGAAGGAGCACGGGCAGGCGAGCACGCUGACCGCCUCGCAGCAGGCCAUCUACCUAAACAGCCGCGAUGAGCUCUUCAACCGCAAGCCACCUGCCGCCGCCUAUGGGAGCAGCCCUCGCUUCGCCUCGGCCUCGGCCUCGGCUACGCUGGCCUCCCCGCUCGAGGGCCAGGUAGCCCCAGGCUAUGCUCGGACAGUGUCUCCGUACCAGGCCGAGUCCUACCGCUUCCCGACCUCGCCAAGUCCCCAGCAGGCUCUGAUGCCUCCGAAUCUGUGGAGCCUGCGGGCCAAGCCAAGCGGUGACCGGCUUGUCGGAGACGACAUGCGAGGCCAGUGGCGACCCCUGAACGCGGAGGAUGUCGGCGCCUAUCCCUACCAGGCGGGCAACGGAGGCCGCGACUCGCCCUUCUCAGAACGUUUCUACCGCGGCGGUGGCAGCGGCGGCCGCGAUGGUCGCGAUGGUCGCAAUGGUCGCGAUGGUCGCGAUGUCCGCGAUAUCCGCGAUGUCCGCGAUGUCCGCGAUAUCCGCGAUGUCCGCGAUAUCCGCGAUGGUCGCGAUGUCCGCGAUAUCCGCGAUGUCCGCGAUGUCCGCGAUAUCCCUGAUGUCCGCGAUGUCCGCGGCGGCGGUCGCGGUGGCGCCGGUGGACGCGGCGGUGGCCGUGGCGGCGACAUUGGCGGAGGCGGUGCAGCUGGCGGCGGCAGCCCGGGCAAUAGCGCUGAGGGCCGAGCCAGCCCCCUCUAUGCCUCCUACAAAGGCGAUAGUUUCUCGGAGGGCGAUGACCUCUCCCAGGGUCAUCUGGCUGAGCCCUGCUUCCUCCGAGCAGGUGGGGAGCUGAGCCUCAGACCCAGCCGUUCCGUUGACCCUCUCGCUGGCUAUGCAACCGGUGAGAGAGAUAGGGGCAGGGGUAGGGAGAGGAAUAGGCUCCGGAUGCAGCUGUGUGGGGCUGGCAGCAGCCCUGAGCCUGAGCAAGGUUCCAGGGAUUCCUUGGAGCCCAGCUCCAUGGAGGCCUCUCCCGAGAUGCACCCUCCCGCUCGUCUUAGCCCCCAGCAGGCCUUCCCCAGGACUGGAGGCUCUGGGCUGAGCCGUAAGGACAGUCUCACUAAGGCCCAGCUCUACGGUACCCUGCUCAACUGACUGCCACCAGCAGGCUGCAGUCAGGGGCCCCCACCUUACCCUGCCCCAUAGAGGGAGUGGUCAGCCCCCACGUGCCCAACCCCUACUGCCCCAAAGAGGGAGUGGUCAGCCCCCACGUGCCCAACCCCUACUGCCCCAAAGAGGGAGUGGUCAGCCCCCACGUGCCCAACCCCUACUGCCCCAAAGAGGGAGUAGUCAGCCCCCAUGUGCCCAACCCCUACUGCCCCAAAGAGGGAGUAGUCAGCCCCGACGUGCCCAACCCCUGCUAAGGAACUCUAGUUCCUCCUGACACCCCUUACAAACACCCCAGUGAAACCUGAAAAAGCAAACCCUCUCUGCUUUCGUCUUGUUCACCCCAGCCUCUGCUACAACCUCUACCCAGAAAACACUGCGCCCUCCCCUGAAGUGAGCAUUUCCCCAUUUUGUAAGUGAAACUAUUUUUGUAGGGAAAAGGGUGUUUCUUCAAGCACUUGCCUCCAGCUUCUGGAUGGCAGCCUUGGCAUUCCCCACAUGGUGUGUGGGGCUUGCCCCAGGGAAGGGGAGGCGGGGGCCCUAGGGGGGCCAGUCUCCACGAGUGGGGAGAAGCUAGAAAGCCAGCAGCAAGGGAGCCAUGAUGUUCUGUCCACUGAGAAGGGGAACUAAAGCCACUUAGGGCGCAGAAAUUGUCUUACGCACCCACACCCGUCUCCCAGUCGCACCCGCACCCGUCUCCCAGUCGAACCCGCACCCGUCUCCCAGUCGCACCCGCACCGGGACCCGUCUCACAGUGCACCAGCACUCUGCCCUGAUCCACCCUGAGCUCCCCUGUGGCCCGGCCUGUGGGCCCAAGAGGGGCCAACCCCCAGAACAGCCGGUGCUUGUUCCUCCCCACCCCCUCCCUGUACCACCUGACUCUACCUCAGAUAUGAGGCUCCUCCCACCCCCGCCCCACUCCGCACCCCCUACCUACCGCUUUGUGCAAGUGUGACUUGUGAUGCAUGCCUGCCGUCAAUUAGUACUGUAUUCCGCAUUCCCCAAUAAAGCACAGCAAUGGAAAGAAUUCA